UCUGACAGCCUGUCCCAACACAACAGAGGCAAACAGCAGCCAGCAGCAGCUCGAGAGGUGCAGAGACAAUCAGAGAAUGGAAUCGGUGGCAAGUGUCUACAUAUUCAGCGUUCUUGCUCUGGCUGCGGCUGUGAGUGACCCCACUCUGACCCCUGGCCCGGUGACCCGACCGACAGUCAUCGCCCCGCACAACCAGUCCAGGGUCCAGGAGACGCACCACGGAAGUUCCGGUCGCCUCAUGGCGCUGAGGUCGAAAGCGUCCUGUCUUCAAAGUGACCAAGAUUAUUGUAUGAACGGCAUUUGUCAAUAUCACGAAGACUCCGAACUGGUCAUCAAAUAUCGUAUCUGCAUCUGUCAUCCGGGAUACUCGGGGUCACGGUGUCAAUAUGCACCAUUGUCAACACGCACACUGGAGAAGUCGGAACGCUACCUGUACAUUGCGGUGGGGAUUGGGAUCGGACUGUCGCUCAGUGGGCUCGCCGUCUUGCUGUUUUACUGCUUGCGGUGGAGGGCCCAGAAACGUAAGAUGAGGUACGGUGCGUGUCCGAGGCAGGCAAAUGUUUGACGACUCUGGUGGAUGACCCUGGUCCUCUGGUCUGAUCAGCUGACCCACCGACGGAAACCAGCAGCCCAGAACCAUGAGGAAUUCUGCAAUUGUACAUUACGCUAAACAACCCAAGAAUGAAUCACACUUCAGGCACCUCUCCCGGCCUUUGUUAAUCCACUCCGGCAAAGUCUUACAAGCUAACUGGGAAAAGUCCGUUCAAUGCUCCAUUCCAUGCCGACUCAAUGUGGACCCAAGUUGAUGGACUCAAGUGUUCAUGACCUGCAUCAACGAUAUGGAUGACAGGACCAAGUAUCAUCUGUACAAGUCUUGCAGUGCUCGGUGGCAUUGUGAGGAGGCAGGAGUAGGUGAAGAGGCUUCGAGGAGGGAUACACAAGCUGAGAGAAUGGCCAAGGGCGUGGUGGGUGGAGCAUGAUGUUGGAUAUCAUCCACUUUGGUGCAUAUUGAGGGAAGUUUUCAUUGAAACUCACUGAAUACUGAAAGGCCUGGAUAGAGUUGAUGUGGAGAGGAUGUUUCCACUAGUGGGAGAGUCUAGGACCAGAGGAGGUUUACGAGAAUGAUCCCGGUGAUGAUUGGGUUAACAUAUGAUGAGCAUUUGACAGCACUGGGCUUGUAUCCGCUGGAGUCUUGAAGGAUGAAGGAGGGACCUCGUUGAAACUUACAGACUAGUGAAAGGCUUGGAUGGAGUGGAUGUGGAGAGGAUGUUUCCGCUAGUGGGAGAGUCUAGGACCAGAGGGCACAGAGUAAUAAGCAUGUGAAGGGAAGAACAAGCAGGCUGUAGGGUGGGGGAGUGGGUGCGUGGGUGGGAAUGACUGGAGUGCUCUUACACGGAGCUAGUAUGGACUUGAUGGGCCAAGUGGCCUCUUUUGGUGCUGUAUACAUCCUGAGAUUGCAAUUGUCUGGAUUAGCUUUAAAACUGUGCAUUAUAAGCUGAAAAACAAGUAUGCAUUGUCAGUAUUUAUUUGUUAACACAAAGUAAAAAAAUGUUUUCCUAAUGCAUGAACCAGAUUUAAAUGAAUCGAUCAAAGUUAAGGAACAAGGGCCUUGUAUUGCUGGAUCAACUAACACAUUUAAACCCCUGUCACACUGUGCGAGCUGACCCACGAGGUACCCCGAGUUUAAAACAAAUUUAACUUGUGGUAAUCACGUACAAUUAACGUAGCGAGAACGUCGGAUUUCAUGGACGCAACUUAGUGACUCGUGGCGCUAACGGCAGGUGCCCGUGAAACUUGCUAACUCUUGAAAAAAUUCAAACAUGUUUAAAGUUUUCCACGAGUAAAAUGUACUCUUGAAGUUAAAAAUUGAAACAUUUAAACACGUUGUAAGAACGUAGUCGCCCGUGCGUUUACCUUAGUGACUCGUGAGUCUACAACUAUCAUGAUUUCAUUUGGACUCUUCUAUUAUUCCAAACAUUUGUCACUCUUUGGGUAAAGCAAUUAUUUUUCGGGGUUUUAUGUUCUAAAUAUAUUUUCCAUUUGUUUCCACUUACAGCCCCCAGGUUAAUAAAUUAUCUGACAAUAUUUAAGAUUGUUUAAGUAAUCUGCCUGUUGUAACUAAACACUGAAAUUAGGUCGACCCGCAAUGGUAAUGUGUGGCAUGGUGUGAAUUUCCUCAAAUAAUAAGUCAAUGGUAGGAUGGAAUAGAUAAGUGCCUGGUGUAAUCCCUGUCAGGGCACAGGUUGGUUUACAUCACUCAAACGGAAGACAGUCGUUCACUAACCUAUGUCGACAUUAUUAUAAACUCUCUACAUGUUUCUCGUCUGUUUUUACUACCAUAUUAAAAUGGUGACAGUGAA